UAAAUGUCAAGUUCUUCAUAUACAAAUAUUACUUCUCGAAAUUUAUAAAAAUUGCUUUUCAGAUCAAAAAUGUCUCAUGAUCCGCAUAAGCCCGACAAACAGCCAAAAAAGGAGCCUCCAGUUGUGACUGCAGAAACCAUCACUAUGGACAAAUGUAUCGCCGACUUUUGCCUGAAGGGUGGAAGUGGUUUGAUUAUAGGCAGCGUUUUCACCUUGUUCUUCACGCGUCCGCAAACCUAUCCGAUUUGGCUGGGAAUGGGCUUCGGAAUGGGUGUAGCCUACGACUGUUGCCAGGCCCGUUGGAAUCAACAAUAAUAUUCAAAUGAUCUAAGCUUAAAUAAACGUAGGACUUGUUAAAAAACUUAUCAAAAUCAAUUGUGGAAACAUUUGGAAACGUAUAUCUUAAGAAUCGUAAUGCAUAUAAAUGUAUCUUUAAAAAAAUGAUUUCGAAACUAAUCGAUUUCAGCAUUUAGAUAAAUAAAAUUAAAAAAUGUUUCUAUCUUUCUGUA